GAUGACCUUAUUAAACGAGAAAGAUAGAACUUUCUCGGACAUAACUAACUCCUGACACAUCCCUCAAGUCUCAAGUGUAUAUAUACACAGAGUUAGAGAGCUACUUUAAACCCCUGUUUUCAUCUUCUACUACUAAAAAAGAAAACAAAACGGAGCUAAGUCCAAUGGCUGAAACUACAGUAACUGUCGUUGCGACCAAACGCGAUGCUCUAGACCCUUACAUCAAGAUCAUUCAAAGUCGGUCCCUCGACAUCGACGUCUCCUUCUCCUCAUACCUCAAGCCAGACAACAACGAACAAAAGGAGCAACAAGAAGAUACUGAGAUAAGCAUAUUCGAAGCUCGAAGAUACUUUAGCGAAAGCGGAAGCAACGAUAGAUCCAAAUCUGCGAAUCUUAGUGGUCCAAGAUUCUCUUCGGCUUCAUCUGCAAAAGUGUCUUCCUUUACCGUGGGACAUACGGCAUCCUCCGAAGCUAGCUGGAACAGCCAAACCGGUUUGCUCCGUAACAACAACCGACAAGGAUCGGACCAAGACGGACGUGGAAGCAGCAAGAAAGGCCCCAGGUGGUUUUUCAGACGCAGGACUUGUCCCUGUUCUAGCUCCAAGUCGGUCCAGGUCCGAGAAACCAAACCAAGAAUUGCAGAGUUUAAAACCGGUUCUGACCGAACCAUAUCCAACCGAAUCGUUCAUCAUAAUCACCAGACCAUAUCGUCGUCUGAUCCGAUUAGACUAACGAUCCCUUCAAACAAUGUGACCCGGACCAUAAAUUACGCGGGAAACAGUAGAGAAUCUUCAGCUCCGGUUAGUAAUUUUAGCUUCCCGACUCUGAACCCGAUUAAACCGGAAAUCGAACCGGUUCUGCAUCCGAUUAAACCGGUUCUGAACCCAACGAGUCCCAAGGGAGUUACUACUACAGACGAAGAAGCAGCGAGCGACGCUAGCUCUGACCUAUUCGAGAUAGAGAGCUUCUCUACUCAGCACAUAGCUCGUCCCUGUGCUCCACCACCACCAGCUGAUCUCGUCAGAAACUCGGUAGACGAGACAGCGACCGAGUACGGUUACGAGCCGAGCGAAGCAAGUGUCACUUGGAGCGUUACGACCGCGGAACCGGUCUCGGUAGCGGCGGCUAGCUUCUCAAGAAUCAACUUAUCGCAGCCGUCGUUGGCGUUUGGCGGUUGCGAUAAGAAGAAAACGGGGUUGUUAGACUGUAGUUGUGAGAAAGCGGUUAUGGUUAGUGGCGGUCAGCGUUUGGUUCAGCCGCUUAAGAGCGUUAGCGUUCAGGAUGACGUCAUGCAAAAGGUGUUGUGCAACAAUGGCAGUUCUAAACUAAGCGUAACAAGUCUAAAAACGUUGGAUAAUAAAUCGUCGUUUCUGGUUUAGGACCGGUUUAACUACUCCACUCUCUUGGUGUUUUGUGUGUGUGUUCUCAUGUAAAAUUGCUUUGUUUUUUUUCCUCGAACAUGUGUACUUUUAAGUU